UGAGUUUGAGCAGGAGGCAGUGUGUACACCAUACACAUAAUCGAAAGAGAGAGUGUGAGAGAAAGAGAGCAGGACGGACAGAGAGCAAGCUUUCUGAGGGUAAAAGCGACCAAAGGGAACACUUUGCGAGGGAGAGUUUAGGUGACGGACGGCGAGCAGCACCUUCACUACCCAUCAUGCAACGCUUGACUCGAUAGCGAUGACAGGAGGCGGCUUGACAGCAAACAAGUGUCCGGGAAGAACCUGACAGACGGCACAGAGGAGGAGAGCAAGAGGAAGGGAAGAUGAUAAAGUGACAAGCUGGAUCCUUGCAUUUGAACAGUGGCAGAAGAACCUACGACGACACCGCGACGACCAUCCCAUCAUCUUACAGCUUGCUUCGUUGUGUGUGGGUUCAUAUCAGACCAGUCAGGCCACUUCCCCCAUGUCUCUCUGUCUGUCUCGGACUGAUGGCUAUCUUCGGUGCAUGACUCGCCCCAGAUCUGAUUGGAUGGUUUUGUCAGAAUGACAGCCGAAGAUCCUGCUUCCUCGUCAACCAUGAGCAACAACGCUGCCCCCCCCAAACCCUCCCAGCCUGCCGGAGCCUCACACAACCCUCUCCAUGGACAACUCAACGUCCCUGAGGGAGUUGCAGGUGCUCCCAAUGAGGCUGCACUGGUCACCCUGAUGGAUCGCACCGGCUACACUAUGGUCCAGGAAAACGGUCAGCGUAAAUAUGGCCCUCCUCCUGGUUGGAAUGCUGCAUCUCCACCACGGGGGUGUGAAAUCUUUGUGGGCAAGAUCCCACGUGACGUUUAUGAGGAUGAGCUAGUCCCUGUGUUUGAGUCCGUAGGGCGUAUCUAUGAGAUGCGGCUGAUGAUGGACUUUGACGGGAAGAACAGAGGGUACGCGUUUGUGAUGUACACAGAGAAACACGAGGCCAAGCGUGCUGUGCGUGAGCUCAACAACUAUGAAGUGCGGCCGGGGCGGCUGCUGGGGGUCUGCUCCUCCGUGGACAACUGCCGUCUUUUCAUUGGUGGCAUCCCAAAGACCAAAAAGCGUGAGGAGAUCCUGGAGGAGGUCUCCAAAGUGACAGAAGGGGUGCUGGACGUGAUAGUUUAUGCCAGCGCUGCAGACAAGAUGAAGAACAGAGGCUUUGCUUUUGUAGAGUAUGAGUCACACCGUGCAGCCGCCAUGGCUCGCAGGAAGUUGAUGCCUGGGCGUAUUCAGCUCUGGGGCCACCAGAUCGCAGUCGACUGGGCCGAGCCGGAGAUCGAUGUGGACGAAGACGUAAUGGAGACAGUGAAGAUCCUUUACGUCAGGAAUCUCAUGAUGGAAACCAGCGAGGAGACAAUCAGACAGGUGUUCAACCAGUUCAAUGCUGGAUGCGUUGAACGAGUGAAGAAAAUCCGUGACUACGCCUUUGUCCACUUUACCUCCAGAGACGAUGCUGUCGUGGCCAUGGACCACCUCAAUGGCACAGAGGUGGAGGGGUCCUGCAUCGAGGUGACUCUCGCCAAGCCUGUUGAUAAAGAGCAGUACUCUCGCCAGAAAGCCUCCAAGGGAGCUCCAGCCACUCCAGAGCCGGCUCCACAGAACUACGUCUACCAGUGUGAUCCCUACACAUUGGCCUACUACGGUUACCCAUACAACACCCUCAUUGGACCCAACAGAGACUACUUUGUCAAAGGAUCCCCAAUGAUACAGAACAAUGCAGGUACUGUGCGAGGUCGUGGUCGUGCUGCUUCAGGUAACCGUACCCCUGGGCCACGGGGGUCAUACCUGGGAGGUUACUCUGCUGGUCGUGGCAUCUACAGCCGCUACCAUGAGGGCAAAGCCAAGCUCGACAAGCCCUAUGAGCUGAUGCCCAGUCUGGAGCUUGCUGCCUCUGUCAACUCCAUUGGCAUGAAACCUGGCACAAUGGGAAUGCAGACUCUGGGGGGGCAGUACCCCAUGUUCAGCACGGCUCCUACAGCCAAGCUGAUGGAGGAUGGGAAGGUGCACGCGGUUGAGCACCUUAUGAACCCUCUGGCCAUGCAACACGCUGACCACAACAGCGCUAAUGGUGCUAACAGCAUCCUCCCUGCGGUAUCUACCCCUCCUCCUUUCCAGUCCUCCUUUCCUCUUUUCUGCAUUUCUCAGGGCCGUCCUAUCACUCCUGUCUACGCCAUGGCCCACAACGUGCAGCGCAUCCCGACGGCCGGCCUGUACGGAGCCGGAUACGUCCCCAUCACAAACUACGCUGCUAACUCGGCAGCUCUGGCCGCUCUGCAGAAGAACGCGGUGGCGGCCGCGGCGUACGGAGGAUACGCCGGCUACGCAAUGCCUCAGGCCUUCCCCGCCACAGCCUUCCAGCUGCCCCUCCACGAUGUCUACCAGACAUAUUGAGUCGGAGGGUCAGACAUAUGAAACAUCAAAGAUACCCUGCCUGUGACUGAACCACCAACCCAACGUCUGUCCCAUCAUACAGACACAUCUCUUGAACUCGUGAACAUCAAAAAGCUCUAAAGGAAUUUUAAGCAUAUAUUUAGAAAACAGAAACAAUGACAUCUCAUAUCUGUCCUGGUCUAAGUAUGUAUUGGAAACAAGGCAACCAUAUGACUGGCUUAGUUAUGCAUCAUUACUGUCUUAUAACACACAUAGAGAACAGUCUAAUCACUGAGGAAACCUACCUGCACCAUCCUCCCACGAUAAGCAUUAACUCAUAAAGACAACCAUCAGUAUGAGUUUCUCUCUGUCUUUGACACCCGCCAAACACUGAAGGUACAUUCAAGUAUUUAUGAAGAGAAAAUUACUUUUAUUCUCUGUAGGCUUCUCUUAUUAAUUAAUGGAGUGGUCUUUGUUCUCUGAAGCAGGAAAGAUAGAGCUUUACAUAUUUGUUUUUUAACUGUAAACAUGUGGGGGUGAAAAGAAAGAAAAGUUAAUUGAAAGAAAGUAAAAGUACAACAGGAACUACUGACAAGAAAGGAUACCACUAAGAUAACUGUUCUUGGAUAUAGGCCUACUAAUAUUCUGUUUUCAUUCAAAUAUAGUAUUUUAGCCAACUCUACAAGCUGUAGGUGAUGCUGUCCGUCCAUGCUGGUUGAAUGUGUGAGCUUCAAACAUGCCUGUUCUGUACUUUUUGGUUUAUUUAGUAUUUUGUGUGUUUUAAAUGUUUUAAAUGAAGGUUUUUAAAUGUUAUAUUUUGCCUAUAGUUAGUAAGCUUGUUUUUAUGUAUUCUCUUUAACUUUUGGAAACUCCUCCUAUCUUGGUUUGUUUGAAGAAAAUGUUGCCAGUUAUAUAAUAGUAUUGUGAUUCAUUGUGGAACAAAUACUAGAGAAAGAAAACUGGAAAGCUUUUUCAACAUGAGUGAUCUAUACAGUCAGCCUGAUAGACAGCGACACCAUGUACAUGGAGAAGUUUCCCAUGCUCACAAAGUUUGUUGAAAGGGGACUGAACAGAUGUUAGUUUUUUUUUUUUCUUUAAUUUACACACAUCUUUAUUAUUGAGUUUUUGAAUUGUUUGACUUUUGAAAGGUGAACAAAUAUGGACAGAAAUGAGAGAUAUUCUCCUGUGUGGACUGGAACACUGCCACUUAAAGCGCUCCUGCAUUUGCCAAUGCUAACCAAAAAAAACAUCAGGCUACAUCGCUCCAGUCUUCUGAUAUCAGAAAGCUCCUCAGUGCCUUACAUCUGUAGACGAUGCCACCUUGUGCUUUCCACUGUGCCUUUAACAACAAUGUGAAGCCCCUGUGGUUGGUACAAAAGAAAGGACUCACGGACUGCAGUUUUCUCCAUUUAUGUGUCCAAUGCUUUGGUAAUACUGUGUUGUGGUGAAGUGUGUUUCAGUCUCUGCAGACUUCUCUCCUGUAGUCUCCUCUCUGAAGGCUCCUGCAGUAACACUCCGCAUGUCCGUCUCAUCUUUAUUUCUCGUCCUCCAAACUGUGCUUGACCUAGGUGCACUUAAACGUAUUUAUAAAAGGCAAGAGAUUGCAACUUUCAUAUGAAGAGAUAUUAAAUACUGAGCAUGAAAUAAUGUGUAAACUGGGCUAGUUUGGCGUUUCUCAAUUACUGUAUGUGUGACAGAGUUUUCCCUUGUGGAUUAAGCAUUAAAAUAACCCUAAUGAAGGUUUCGUAGGCACUUUUUAAACUCUGCAGUGUGUUGGAAACAAGUGUAAUGUUGGACUGGGAAUAACUGGAACAAUACCUCACGCUGAAAUAUAGAAGUAGCCAUGCAUUUUUGUGCUACAACACACAAAGGCAAAGGAUGCAAGCAUCUGCUGAUUAUGAAGUCACACUCCACAACCUUUAUAUAAGAGAAUGCAGAAAUGUGUAUGUGUAAACCAGUUUAGGUAGUUUUUAAUUUUCCAUUCCAAAUGUUUUAUUCGUUGUUUGAAUUGUAUGUGCUUAUUUUCAUCAUCUCCUCAUAAUAUUUACUAUAUUUUACAGCGUAAACAAUGUAAUUACUUUUACUCUGAAGAAAGCUUGGAUCAUGACCAAGUUUGAUGUCGAAGAGGUAAAUAACGAAAAUAAUAUGCACGGCAAACAAAAUAUAUUUGUCUCAUCUCACUCCAUCCUCUACAUUUGGCUUCCCUACUCCUCUAAAACUGGAUUUGACGUAAAAAACAAAUUGCUGAUAACUGUUAUUUUCUUGUAUGAUGACAUUAAGUCAGGAUAUAUUUAAUAUAUGCAUUUACGUGUUUUGUCUAUGAAGUGAGAAGAAAAGGUAUAAUAUAUUCUAAAGCAUAUUUCUUUUCUUUAUUUACACAUUGUUUAGGGAUGUCAGAGUAACAAAAGUAGAAGAAAAAACAUUUUUUGCCAAAAUGUCCAAUAGUUUUUUAAACCAUUCAAGGUUAUUGUGUUUUUGUCAUUUGUAAUAUUCUAAAUGCUAUUUUGUACUGGAUUUGGUGUUAUGAGUGGGAACACAGAGGCCUUCUAUUUUAGCAACAUUUUAUCAGUUUCAACCAAAUCUGGUCCAUUGCAGUGUUACAGCCCAUGGCCCUUUGAGCUGUUGGUGCAUGUCAGUUUUUGCUGAACUGUUAAAGGUCUCAUCAUGAUUUGACAGCCAUCUAAACUAACAAAUGUGUUAGACGGCAGGGAAUUGUGUCCCUCUGGUUCUGCCUCCCACUCAAAACGCCUGCUUUACUUUCUAUUGCCUGCAUUUCACCCACACCACAGCUGCAGGAGGAAUUCUUGUGUCUGUGGCAUGGACCUACACAUGCCUUGUUUAACAUAGGUGUUACCAUUUUAACUUUUCCUAUAGUGUGUGCCUUAUUGCCAAGAUGUGCCCUUUGCUCUACCUUUGUAGACCUUUGCAGACUGUUUUCUAUCUGAAGGUUUGUUUAAAAAAAAGCUUGUUCUGUAUUGUUAUAUUUAUAGCGAUAAAGUAGAUAAAUAAAGCAUUUUCAAAAGGAU